AUGACAGCAGGAAUUAGGGCUGAAUUUAUUUUUUUUCUUGUUUUUAUGAUAAAUAUAUCGCUAGCGACGCACAUGAAUAUAUUUAGAGAACAAUUUGACAAUGAAGACGACAAGGAGACACAGAGGCCCAUCAUAGGUGAGUGUGAUGUUUGCUUUAAACGGUGUUUUGUUGUCCUUUCCACGUACUGUACGUGUUCUUAUUAACUGAUUUGUGGCUUACAAGUUUACCGUUUGAUUAAAAAUUAUAAAUUUAUUAACUGGAGCUACGCUUUUAGCCCUGGCUAAAUCUUUAUAUUAUUGUUAUUUACUUCUUUUAUUUUUCUUUUUAACCUUCGCGGAAUUUAAAACCGACGGCACAGAUUUUUAACACUUGAUAACGAUUCCUUCACAAAAGGGAUGGUUGUCCGUUGAACCCGACCGGGACCAGUUGGUCCCGAUUUAAUUUCAGCAUUUAAGUGGUUUGGAACUCAAGAAUACGUCAAAAAAAAUAGCAAAAAGCCGUUAUGGUUCGAUGGCAACACUGUCCAAACGUAAGAAGUCGAUUUGAUAUUAUUGUCUAAUAUAAACGGUUUUUUGUUUUAAAAAAGUUCGAGCUCGUAGCUCGAUCGACAGAUCAAACGUUUCCUCAGUGUUCUUUUUCCCUCAUUAUAUGUAAACUGUACAUUAUGUGAGAGUUGUAUGGAGCGGCGCAUAAUCAUGCGAAUUAAACAAUUCAAUGAGCUACUUGAGUCAUAUUGAGUGUAUCAUCUUUACAGGUGAUAUUUUGUCAGCUAUGAAAUAGCAACACACUUAGACCAUCAUAACGACGCAGACAUUUCAGUGAUCGUAUUAACAAGGUGGCUGGACAGAUAACAAAGAGACCAAGUCUCCCUUUUAAUUCAGUUGCUUUCAGUCUAACAGUCAAAAUAACAAUAAUCGCACUCUUUCAAAGGGAAUAAGAAUAACAGUUAACACUUAUUUAAGCUCAUCAGAGCUACACAAAGCCACAAAGCCACAAAGCUACAAAGCCACUUAAGGCUCACACAGUACUUAAUUAAAUCUAAAAGUAGUGAUUAAGAGCGCUGGACACCGAAGUACCUCCCAUCAAUUUGUCCUUGCACGGCAAGAGAUUCGACGUCGAUCAUGCAAUGUCGUGAAUGAAAGGCGGAUUUGUCCAUAGGAGGCAUGACGAAGUGCGAGACCUGUUCGCAUCCCUUCUCAAGGACGUAUGCCAUAAUGUUGAAGUUGAGCCACACCUUCGAUUCAGACCUUCACAGGAGAAGUUUUAACCGGCAGUGCCUACUCCUUUGAUAAAGCUCGCUUGGAUAUCAGUGCGCUCGGUUUUUGGCAAAGGGGGCAACGUGCAUUUUUCGAUGUUAGGGUUUUUAACCUUUCGCAAAGAGCCACCCAAAGUCCUAAACCAGAAACUUAACUCGGCUUUCGCGAGCAAUGAGAAUGAGGAAAAGUGACACUGCAACCGGCGAAAUAUUGAAGUGGAGCAUGGCUCCUUCAGCCCCCUCGUGUUCUCACCGUAUGGAGGAAAUGGUAGAGAAGCCGAACGAUUUCUCACUGAACUAGCCCUGAAGCUAUCCGAGAAGAAGCGAAUGGAGUAUAGCAUAGUAAUUCAUUGGCUGAGAUCGAGCAAAACUAUCUUCUAAUUUGACGGGGGUUCGUCACAGCGAACACUCUUGGAUUCUUGUUGCUGUGAAUGUCGUUUUGUUUUGCUGCUGUUUUGUUAUGGCUUCUUGUCUGGGCCAUUUAAAAGGAAAAUGUAUGACCAAACUGAUGAAAGUUUGUAUCAGAAACAAUCAAAGCAUAGAUUCUUGAAAAUGUGCUUGGACAAGGAUAAGAAAACAUUGAUAACUGUGUUUAGAUGUUGGCCGCAUUACAAAAACAAACGGCAAAGUCUUCGGAGCCGUUUGAGGCAAUGAAUGAAAUGUUUACCUUCAAUAGUUUUUGUAUUUAAAUUAAGUAUUUGCGUUGUUGCUUUGUCUUCUUUUGUACUCGAAAUUGCGGUUUUCACCUGUAGCACCGUAUCAUACAGAUCAUUGAAGAAGCUUUUAAAUUUUAUUUGGCAACGAAAUGCCAAAGUAUGAAAGAGCAAUAGUAGUUCUAUACGUUUGUUUAUUUUUAAAGUAUAGGUUAAAUGACACCAUAAAAAUAAACCUUUUUUUAGAUCUUGCAGUGUGUUUUUGUUUCAACCACAAACGGUUCGAGUGUACAAUAUUUCGCUUCUGUGACACCCUAAAAAAUUUGGAUAAACUAACCAGCUAUAACUGUAGUAUUAAAGUAAGAGGACUACGUGCUUGUCCAAUUUGGAAAUAACUGAAUUCAAAAAAUUCCUCUGACAGCCAAAUUUUGGCUGUCCUCGGAAUUUUUUUCAUCCAAUUAUUUCCAGAGUGGACAGCAUGUAGUCCCCAGCUAUUACAUAAAAAAAUCGUAUAACCGACGUGCUUGGUACUAAAAUAAAAUGCGUGGUACAAAGAGUAAGGAUAUAAACAGCGUGGGUUGAAAAUUGUUUCGGCCAGAAAAAAAGUGCUGUGAAGUGGACUGCGGAUAACGCGAAGAGACUUGCAAGAAACUAAACAGAACUGCGCUUAGUGCGGACCAAAAUGAACUGAACAAAAUGUACUGCAAAACUACGAUAUAAACAAGACGCACGAGUGCGUGAAGCCGGCCUUCUUUUAUAGUUAGUUCAUCAUGAUAGAGCGCCGGGGGAAAAUGUGCACUAUGCAAUAAUGCACUACAGCCCAUAUGAACUUUGAUGAUGACUUGAUGAUGAAAAAAUGGAAAUAAAAAUACUACCGGCUAGCAAAUCAGACUGGAAAGACUCGAACGUUCCAAAGGGGUGUACUUGACCAUGACUGCACAACAAUAUAUGCUUCAGAGUAGUGUUGCAGCGAGUUUUCUUUUUCUAUGAAUUAGCAUGAGCUUCAGUCACAAUCUUUUAAUUAGUAAACUAAUAUUUUGAGGGAAAAAAACUUUGCAAUAACACCUUAUAAGAAGAGGACUAGAGAACAUAGUGGUUAGAAUAAUGAUGCCAGGAUUUCAAAUUUGUUUUGGUUGCUGAAGUGAUUAUUGUACAUGUUAAAUUGCUACAAAGGAGUAAAAAACCCAGAUCUUCCCAUGAGUAAGAUAUUUAUUCAUUUUAUUAUCACUAUGAUACAGGUACUUCAAAGACAAACUACUGGCAUAGCUAAUUCAUCAUCAGAAAACUUCGAAAAGUGUUGCUGCACUUAUCGUUUGAUUUGAGAUCAAGUUCAUCUUCUCUGAAAAAAAAGGAAAUAAAUAAAGAAUAUGUCAUUUCUAAAUAUAUGAAUGUUGGAUCGAUCAAAAUGGCGUUUUGCAAGAUCGAAAUUUGAUAGUAAGCAAUCGCCCGUUUUUUAAAAAGCUAUAAGCUUACAUGUAAUCUUUGAUUUAAUUUAACAAUGAGAUGUUCUUUGAUCGAUCAAAAUCAUGUCGAAUUUUAGCAUUUAAUAACUCUACGUACUUUACAGACCUGCCGCUUCUGUGCGAGCUCGAUACAAGUUAAUCCAUAUGCCAAAAAAAAGUCAAAGAAUGUUUCUUUCACUCGAUAUAGUAAGUUUCCGUUAUUAUACCGAGACAGCCGGGAAGCACGAAACUUGGACCUAGCACAAACUUCGGCGAUGAACAGUCACUGACAGAUUUGUUGGUUUUGAUCAAUGGAAAUUAAUGCACUUGAAACGGUAAUUAACUGCCACUUUCCUGCAAUUAGGUGCAAACUAUGCUAUAUUAGUAAAUCAAAGCAAAUGUCUGCUUUCAAAUUUUGUAAUGUGUCUUGCUGUUUUGCGAUUUAAACUAUAAAGCGUAAAAUUUCUAAGGUGUUUACAGUGACGUGUGUGGACGUGUUUUUACAGAUCGAACAGCAAAGUUGUACAAUUUAGCACAAAAACGGUCCAUAUGUUUUACGAAACUGCUUCUUCCUUACACCUCGGCACACGCUUACUCGCCAAAGCAAAGCCCAAUAGUGUUUCUUCAACUGCUAUAUAAAUUCUCGAGACUUGCACUAAACAUAAAAAGUGAAAUUUACGCACCUUUUCAGGGACACCCAACGAGAAUAUAGUUCAAAACCGUUUAAACAUAGCAUUGUUAAGCGUAUCUUAGUAUUUAAACGGUAGAUAUAGGCGACUAUAUCUAGCGAUCGCAACGCCGAUCUCGUUUAAACGGAUCGAGCCACCGUGUUUGUCUGACAGCGCUAGGAUGGAUUAUCCUCUAGAAAACACAUAUCACUAAACAUUUCGACCAUAAUAAUUGUCGACCUCUCAUAGAGGCAAUAAAACAACAAAGUUAACGCUACCGACUGGAAAAAGCUAUCUUUUGUUCUCAAGGGGAUAUUACCUCUAAGCCAAUGAAUUUUCCCGAAAUCGAUCACGUGAUAUUUCGCCAGUACAGACAUGCGCUUUAAAGAGCAGAUUCGACGACGAAGGAAAAACCCAGGCCAUUUUAUAAACCGUCUCUUCCUGAUGGGAAGGCUAGGUAAAAGUACGCUAGAACAUGCAGAAAAUGAAAAAAAAAGGCUAUAGAACCUUAGAAAGGCGCUAAUGAACAUGAAACAGCAAAGAAACGCUAACGAUAGGGCCAAAACUGACAGAAAGGAAUAAACACCUAAAUUCACACAAAUAAACUAAACAAAACGAAAAAAAGAACGAUAAACAUGUAUAAACUAAUUAGCGUACGCAAAGGAAAAACAAAUUACGCAAAAACGAAUAACAGAACAAAAAGGUUACACUUGGAUCUUACAGAUUCUUAUCAGAAAUUUAAAUGUUUUUUGUUAUGAUAAUGAUUCAAUUCAAUUUUUCGUAUAUUUUAAAAUCAACGAUUAAAAAAAACUUGACGUUUCGAUGGCUUAAUCGAGCUUCAUGUCAUCAUCUUUAAAAAGCUAAGAAAUUAACAUCAUUUGUGGAUAUAUAUAACACUUAUCAGAAACUCAUAAGGGGUUAUUCAUCCCCUUAUCAGUUUUUUGCACAUUAUACUUGAUUUCAGCUAAUGCAGAACUGCUGUCAGAGUGCUCAAUAGAAGAACUAGAGCGAGAAUACCAGAAAAGUACAAUAACUAAAGAUUUGACUAUACUAGGCAUUUAUUACUAUAUAUAGUAAUAGCACUCUUCAGAUAAAAUAGCCUAAUGGUAGAUUACAAGAGUGCGCUGAUUAUAACUGAAUUUUUAUAAUGCAGUUACUAUAUAGAUACAACGCAUUAACUACCGAAUCAACUGGAAGAUUUUGAAGCAGGCUAUCGCCUACAGCUCCUUCUCCAAACAGUGCAAUUUAAGUCUGUGCAUGGGAGGAGUAUUUUAUUAUCUGUAAGCCCCAUUUAGCCACCCUUAACAAGCGCAACGACCUUCUAUCUUCGUGUAGACACGCUAGCAAAUUAACCAAGCUGAUGGUGCUGGGAACCCGACAAAUGCUUCAGAAACUACCUGUAAAGGAGGUUUCUCUGGCCUCUGCUCGAGACCUGGGACUUCAAGUAGACUCCACCCUUAGCUCUGAUGAACGUAUCACAAACAUUGGCUCAUCAUGUUUAGGUAGAUUAUGUCAGAUAUUAAAAUAGAGUGAGACAUCUUCUCGACACUAGGACACUAGAGAAUGUUAUAAAUGCGCUGGUAUUUGGCAGAAUAUACUAUUGUUCUCCAGUAUGGCCUAUCCUAUCUAAGCUGCAAAAAAUCCAGAAUUUCGUAGCAUGAAUCAUUACUAAUAAACGUAAAUCUAACCUUAUGACACCGGUUCUCAAGUAGUUAGCCUGGCUCCCUGUAAGCAGUUCUUUGACGUAUACAUUCCAGCGCUUUGUAACGAGAUCUGCUGUUCAUGAUGUUAUUAUUAUCAUUAUUAAAGAGAGCGUUCCUGAAUUGAAACGUGCAAAAUGUAAACAAAAAGUUUGGUUGAUUUAACAUAGGUCAUUCAAAAACGUCUAACUUUGUUCUUUCACCAAUUUAAUCAGCCAAAAGUUCAGUGACUUAGCGGGAAUAUGGGCUACAGCAGUGUCCAAGCAUUGCACUCAAGACUUGUCAGUUGUGAAGACGCAAGGCUCGAGUACUGGAUUUUUGUUUUCCUACCAUUCGGCCAUUCCAGGAAAAAAAUUUCCAAGACUAACUGCACGUGUUGACUGUGGGGUAGCAUUUUCGAUUAACUUCUUCUCUUCCUCGGCAUUUUUAGGCUUCCGGAAAGCUCUGGAACAGGACGCCAUGUCCUCUUCUGUUAGUGUCGUUCGUAGAAGAAAAGUUCCAAACGCGUGUGAGAUUUGAUUUUCUUACACGUCUAAUUUCACAUAUAAUAUUUUUUCCCUAAUUUUCAACGUUCACAAAAGCAUCAUUGUUAUCAACUCCAUUGAGACGCGCUAUUCCAGGAAUGUCUGACGACGUUCGAAAAACUUGCAGAGCGUGUUUUAUCGGGUUUAAAAUCACGAGCCGAAGGCGAGUGAUUUUAAACCUGAUAAAACGGUGCGGCUCGUUUAUUAAUCAUAACUUAUGAUUAUAUUUUCAAGGCGUCCUCACUCAAGAAACGGAUCGAAAUGUUACCAUUUUUGGAAGACAGUAUGUUGCAGCUUCCUAUGUUAAGUUUAUAGAGUCUGCGGGAGGAAGAAUGGUACCUAUUUUGUAUCCUUUGCAAAUAUUAUAUUUUGCAAUUUUAUAUCAUAUUUAUUAUACAUUACAAAUAUUACAUUCUGCAACUAUAUAUUAUUAUCAUCAUCAUCAUCUUAAACUAUAACAAAAUUCUCUAACCUGAUUGGCUAUCGGCAGCGUUGCUUUCAGUAUCACCUGGUGUAUAAAUAGGACAAGUCGUCAUACCUAAAGUAAUUGGACAGUGCGCGUCAUCUCGCGCGCGCACUUGAAUCUCUUCUUUCUUCCUUUUUUUCCCACUUAUAGCAGGAAAAAAAAACUCUCAGAGUAUCCUGUUUCAAUUUUAAGAAAGCUUAAAAUAUCACAAAUUUUGUUAAAGUUAUUGAAAAGUUGCCACACUUGCGGUGUUUACCAUUUACAUAAACCACCCCGGUGGAAAUCUUAUGUGCAACAAAUCAACUAGACGAAUAAGGCGGUAAUUCCGUUAUACUUACCACUGACAUGAAACGUCAAUCAUUAAAAAAGGUUUAAUUCUUAGCUAUUUACUACAGCAUAAAUGCUACCGAUGAAGAGGUUGAAAAACUUUUUAAUCACAUAAAUGGGUGAGUACUAAACAAAAAAAGUAAUUAAACUGAAUAUGAUCCUUGCUUAGUUUUAUGAAGACCGUCGUUGAAGUUUCAGGAAGGGAUUUGCUUCCAUUGAGUUUCCUAAACCGCAAAGCAUUUCUUUUCCAAUCUUUGAUUUAACUUUUUAGAGCCAUUUUCCCUGGAGGGCAUAGACUUCUCCAUCGCACAAAUUAUACAAGAGUGGGAAAAAAGAUAUUUGAUCUGGCUAUAAAGGUAAGCUUUACAAAAACACCAUCACGUAUUCCAGCUUAACCUUGUCCCGAAAGGCUUCUUUUCUUUGUGCCUAAGGAGGGAACUUAAGCAACAACGGAGGCGACGACUACGGGAACGUCACUUAAUAAGUGAAUUCGUGCGAGAAAGACACGCGAGUGGAGAGGGAGCGCCUGCCCGAGAGGCCCAUGAAAAUCGUUCUUACUCGCUUUCUGAGAGUGCGGAAAAUUCCUAUUGGCUAAGGGGCUCCCGAGCAGAUAAGUGUUCGCGUUGGGCGAGAAAACUGUCAAUCAAAGAAAUACGAGAUCGUUUGCAAACAUGUAAUACUGUAUAUGGACAAGACAGUGAAGGUCUUAUAUUACACCACUAAAUGGUAUAAUCGAAGAUCAGAUCUUUCAGGUCACCUCAGUAGGACUUUAGUUUAUGGCUGUAAUCUUAAAGAAAAGUUGGAGUGUUCAAACGGUAUUUACGAAGUAAAUACAAAUUAGCAGAAGCGGCGGCAGACAAAAGAUAUGCCGACACGUUGAAAUAAAGAUCAAAGGAAAUAUUCGUUGUUCAAAACGAACUUGGCGGCUUGCAUUGUCGGUGGAACGCAUACCAUAAAGACCUGGACAGUAUUAACGAAAUGAAACACUUACCUGGCCUAGGGGCAUGAAAAACCUUUCGCUAGUGUUAUCAUUUGCUCGAAGACGUUUUUAUAGUCUACACUCAGGUCGCAUUUGAGCGAAUGAUAUCAAUAGCGAAAGGUUUUUUGAAAACAAGCCGCUAUUAUUUUUUUUUUUUUUAUCAAUCCUGUCCAGGUCUUGAUGUAUGCGUUUCAUCCGAUAACGCAUGCCGCCAAGUUCUGUUAGAACAAACAAUAUUUCCUCUGAUCUUCAUUGCAACGAUUCGACAAAUCUUUUGUCUGUCACCGCUUAUGGGUAUUUGAUGUUAAAUCGCUCCUUCGGUGAAUACUGUUUGAACACUCCAACUUUUCUUUGAGAUUACAGUGACAUAGUCCCAUUGAAUUAGUGACCUCCAAGAUCUGAUCUUCGAUUAUACCAUUUAAUGGUGUAAUAUUUAAGCAAUAGAAAACGUUUUCCGUGUUCGCCUAGCCUGAUUAAACACGAGAAGGGGUGGGAGAAUGCAAACCCAAGACGAAGUCGAGGGUUGCAUAAUUGUCGAGAAUUCUCCCAACCACUCGAGUGUUUUUAUCAGUCUAUGCAAAUAGAGUGAAAAAGUGUUCUAUUGCUUUUAUAAAAAAAACUUUCCCGAGAAAAUAUGCAAAACUCCUUAUUUAGGGCAAUGAUUAAAAGAUAAAUUCUUACUAGUCACGAAGUCUUGUACACGAAACUUGUACGCGUAAUCAGUUCUUGUUUUGCAAUAAAGAUGCUUUCCAAAAACACGGGUUUUUCUCACUAAAACUGUCAGCUUAGGCGAAAAAAAAAUUGACACAGCAUGUUUCCGAAGAUUUUCCAAGUUUCAGCCGACGAGGAAAUGGGUAAAUAAAGUAAAUGUGUCGAGCUUUCAACUAAAAAACUUUUUUGACGCCACUACCAUGUUUACAUACUCUCAUGCAAACACGCCUCUCGGCCAAUCAGACCGCGCGUACUGUCUUUUUAUAAAAGACCUUCACUGUCUUGUCCAUGUACGGCACUACACGUUUACAAACGAUAUCGUGCUUUUUUUGAUUGACAGUUUUUUCGCCUAACGCGAACACUUAUCCCCCGCGAGCCUCUUAACCAAUAGGAAUUUUCCGCACUCUCAGAAAGCGAGUUAAAACGGUUUGCAUGGGCCUCACGGGCAGGCGCUCCCACUUCCCUCACGUGUCUCCCUCGCGCGUUUCGUUCUUUCUUGCGCCCAUUACUUCCAAGCGCCUGCUACGUAGGCUAGCGAUGACUGUAUUCGCAAGGCUAAGAUGGUUCUGUUAAUUGUGUUUUUAGCUCAGCCAGUUUAUGGCCCAUACAGUUUGUAUGGCGUUUUGCACCUGACUACUGUGGCAGUCCUACUAAUGCGUAAUCUAAAUUCCUUUGAAGGCUUUUGACAAAGGUGACGUGUUUCCCAUCUGGGCAGAAUGCCUUGGUCUUGAACUGGUUUCAAUGUUAGUUGGCAAAGGAAAUAUGCAAUUAGGACAACUUGACACCAAGGUGUUCUCUUCAGUCGAUGCAGCGAACAUCAGCCUUCCUCUUAUUUUCCCCAAAGGUAUGUUUAGGUAUAACAAGGUAUGUCCCUUAGGAACCACCUAAAGUUGCGGUCAAAGAGCGAGGGAAGGAAGGCACCGUUAUCUUUACAGCAUUUGCUGGUUACAUCAGUUAUAUUGGGAAAGUUAGAUGUCAAGCAAUGCUCGAGAACAGAAAACAAACAUCUUCAAAGGCCAGGAUUGUUCGCUUCUUAAAAUCAUGUAUUUUUACGGCGGUUAUUUUACAUUAAAACAAAAGCACUUAAUUUGAGUGCCACACCAUUUUUACGUCUCCAACUACAGACGGGACUUCCAUUUUACAAGGUCAUCCGAACUACGCGAAGGUCUAGCCGCUUGCAGUGUAUAAGAAGUAUAUUCAUUUCUCAGUUAUUUUAACACCCUGAGUAUUGGUCCGGCCCAGGAAAUCGAACUCCCGACCUUUCACUCAACAGUCAAGCGCUCUGCCGACUGCCGCAGUUAAAUUGAAUUGUUCAACCUCCUUUGGGACACUUCGCUUAUGUCAAUUUAGUUAGAACCUUUACGGAUGAGCUUCACAUAUCCGAACCGUCGUUUGUCGGUUCUGGAUUUUUUUUUUUUACUGAAAAUCACACUGUAUGAAAGCAGACGCCUGAUACCGGGACGUUGAUAUGGAGAGAUUGAUUUGCUGGGUUUACUAGGCUGACAGGGGGGCGGAAUAAAACGAAAGUAAUGCAAUUUUAGCCUGCAUCACUGAUUAACAGCCGAUGAGGAGACCCCCUUUCAGUAUUGUUGUGAGAUGCGUUGACAUGUUGAGAAUAGUUUCGCCUCGUUUUAACUCUGUUGGGAUAACUCGUGCAAAAACAACUUCCUUUACACGUUUUACAAAUCCCACAUGACUAGAAGGGUCUGAUCUGAUUUUCUCUUAAGACACAGGUACGAAUAAAUAACGUGCAUUUGCAUCUCAGGGAACCUGUACUACUCUAGCUUUAACAUACCACGAAUACACCUUCUCCUAAUGUUUCUAUUUACAGACUAUAGCAGGGCUACCAUGUGGGAAGAUGCUCCACCUCAUACGGUAAAUUACCUACGGGGAAACGCAGUGUCAUACAACAACCACAAAAAAGCAGUCACGCCCAAGGUGAAGAUAAAUCUAAUAAAUGAAUAUACAACUUUAUUUAUCCAACUUUAAUCCUUUUUUUUUUCCGCUAGUAAGACAAAGGAUGAAGUUAACUUUAAGAAACAGGGUUAGGGUCAAGAGAUUUAUCGUUUCAUACCAGUUUAGAAGAACUCAAAAAGGAUUCAAAAACUUAGCAGACCUUUGCUCGCCGGAGAAAAGAAUUUCAUACCUUCCAUUACGCAACAAUAACCUCAGAUGUAAGUUAUAUCAAGAUCUCAAGUCAGGGACUUAAUGCUAUUCUUUCUUUCUUUUUUUAUCCCAGACCUUUCACAAGAACAAAUAUUUAAAGGACUUUUUUAGGGUUGUUGCGACCAGCAAAGAUAGAAAUGGAGUCGAAUUUAUUGCAAAUAUGGAAGGUAUCCGUGCCGUGAUUAGUGUAAACUGGUUUUAAAUCUAAUUUCCUUGAACAUGUCUAUCCAGUCAACCAACGUAUUCUGAAGAACAGACCGCUUUAUAACAAAAUUCUAGCAAUAAGGCCAAUGAAGACAACUGUCUCGUUUUUUUUUUUUUUUCUAUGACAGUGAUAUUUUUUCGAGCCAAAAUAGUAAGCAAGACACUUAUGUUAUAGAUGACUAUAGAAACACCUAGAAAUAGAGUAAAAAUUGUGAAAGGCAUGUGACAUGGCUAACAGCAAAGCUGACUCUUGGUAGGCAAGCGGUAUCCAGUUUUCCUCUUUCACUGGCAUCCUGCGAAGGCACAGUUUGAAUGGCGAAGAGAUUUGGACAUCAAGCAUACUUUUGAUAAUAUCCUCGUAGGGCAAUACUUUGCAAACUUCUUUAUGAGACAAGGUAAAUGGAAUAGAUUCCCCGCCCAUACCUAUCCACAUAAAAGCAAUGCGAGUAUCAGCGAUGCUCGAACUACACUGACGUGUAAUGGAACCUCUAUCCUAAGAAAGAAUGGCGAUUACGUAGAGCGCAUCAAGGCCUAGUCCAUACAGUCCAUAUAUAGCUGAUUCAAUAAAGGUUGCUUUGGGCAUUGGGAAUUGCGCAUUGGGAAGCUAUUGUUUGGUGCUCACCCAAGUAAAUCAUUGCAUUGUUCCAUAUGCCCAAAUGCCUAAUGCACAAUAGACCUCUUUAGCUUGUAUUCUUUGUUUUCCCAAUAGAGGUCCCCGGGUGACUUGGCCCUUUGUCUUUUCAUGAAUUAUGCAUACAUAUGCACGUGAAUAAGACGACAUUUGAAAGAAAAAGUUCUCUAGAGUAUUUUCACAUGACCUGUAUCGAGAAAACAAAACUUACAAGCUAAAGAGGUCUAUUACCAAUGACCAAUUACCAAAGCAACCUUUUUUGAUUUAGCUGUAUACUGAACACAUGUGAACAAUACAAAAGAUGUUUUGGGUGCAUGUUGGGAGGAUAGUGGGGGGGGCAUCACGCACUAUUACCAUGCACACGUACUUGAGUGUACACACAUACACGCUAGUAUUAUUCCAUUUCAAUACACGUUUAUUGAAAACUACCAUUGGCCCUGUUUAGUCGAAUGACCUGAGACUUCAGCUAACCAUCCUAAUACUAACAUGUAUUUUAUCCACAGCAAGACGGAGCAGUCAUCAUUUCUCAAAUUACAACGAUGAAAGAGCUGCCCUCAUUUACAACUACCAAACAACUUAUGUAGAGGACUACCUGCCUGUGAUUCAAGCCUACUUCUUUUAG